UUGAAUAUUGUCUGAAGAAUCUGUUAAAAGGCAAGAGGUUUACUGACUAAAUAAUAUAAUUAGAUGGAUGUCUGCUGCUGUCCUCGAUCCUAACAGAUCUUUCAAGGAGGUUAUGGAGUAGUGACUAAGAACAAAAUACUUGCUUUAUAGGCUUUUUUCAAUUUUCAAACAUACAAGAGAUCACCGCGUAAUGGGCAGGUUCAUACCAUCGAUCAUUAGCCUACUUUUCUUUUAUUUUUCAUCCAGCUUAUCUGCUGAAGAUUUCAGUAUUACAACGAAUCUCGUCAGGUUAGGGGAGGCAGACAUGACUGCACACAGGGCCACACAGCCCCGGAGCCAACAUUCCUUAGGUUCUACUCGUGGUAAUCACACGUACAGUACGAGUCCACACUCACCGGCGGUUAGUAACCAUGGUGACACGGUCACACGGAUGUUUGCUGCUGUAAGUAACAACUCUGUUACCGAGAUGUUAGGUACGGUAACAGUACACAACACGUCUCACAACACACGGACAGUUGAUGGAUGGUCUUAUUUUAAUUUAGAAUUCAGAAACUGUACUAACCGUCGUGUGAGGUAUCACGUGACCGAUAGUAAGGCUACUGUUCGCUGGUCAUUUAUUCCACCGGAAUUUCAUAAUAUUUUGUCACUUGGUGAUUGCUUUUGUGACCUGGAGCUUAGUGUUCCACGAGGGAUGGUGGCUGUCGUGAAGAUAUUUAAAACAAUUAGCAAUAAUGAGCGUGAAAACAUCACCCUGCUGGACGACUCCAAUGUGACUCUGUUCACUGGCAAUGUCAGCCUAUUACCAUCCCCAUUUGUUACCUAUUCCCAUUUAGUGACCUUUCAUUUGACCUUCGCUAAGACACACUUUAUUGGAGGACACGGCUUCACCAUGUACAUGAACAUCACUACACUUCCAGAAACCAGUCGCCCACAGUUUGAAAUCACCUUUAAUACUUCAACAUCAGGAAAAAUCGAAAUGAAAAACUGGAAUAUCGUCGAACUCAAUCCACCCUUUGUGAAAACAUCUCUACUUCUACGGGCUCCAGACGACCACAUUGUUUGUGUUGAUCACACGAUGAUCUGUAAUAAUCAAGCAGACUGUGAUAACGAUGAAGACGAAUACCUGUGUCACACAAAUCUUAUCUCAACAAUUGUCCUCGAAGACCUCAUUCCCACAUCUACUAGACUUGAUUAUCGAGAGGGACUGCUGAUGUUGACUGAUUACAUGUCUGACAUGUCGACGUUUACUUGUCCUGUUUCCCACUUCAUGUGCGCCAGUCUUCACCAGGUUUGUCUUCCUGUCUUCCUCCGUUGUAACGGGCUGUACGACUGUCCUGAUCAUGAAGACGAGGCGGAAUGCGACAGGUACACGUGUCCCGACUUUUACCGCUGCCGUCAGUCUCAGGUGUGUGUUGACGAGAGUCACGUGUGUGACGGGGUGUACCAUUGUCCUCAACGCGAUGACGAACUACUGUGUAACGACACCUGUCCACACAGUUGUGUCUGCUACGGUCUGGCCUUCAUUUGCUCGGAUACUUUCCGUGCCGCUGACUAUUCUAACCUUCGAUAUCUGUAUGGCAGCGACACCUUGAUGACCCUCGCUGACCUGUGGAACAACACUUUUCUCGUUCAUCUCAGUCUGGUCCGUUGUAAUCUGACUAAACUGCAUGAAGUGGUUUUGCCUAAUCUGCGCUCUCUGGAUCUGAGCUACAAUGAGUUAACUGAAAUAAGUGACAGGUUCUUUGCUGGUCUCAACAAUAUAGUGUUUCUGAAGAUAAGCAACAAUCCUGUAACAAGCUUCUACCUCCACAAUUUCAAUUACACAAGUCCUCUUAAAAUUUUAGACGUGUCUCAUGUCCGAAUCUCAGAAAUUGACUUUGCAAUAAUGAGAUUUUUCCCAUCCUUAAUGACUCUUAAUGUCUCUGGUAAUCAAAUAAAAUAUGUGACAGGACAAGGAUUUUUUAGCAUGAUGAACUUGCACGUGCUCGAUCUGCGUCAAUGCCCUCUCACCCAUUUCCCAAAAGGAAUAUUUCAGGCACUAGAGCGACUUGAGAGUGUUUUUACUGACAACUACAAGCUGUGCUGUCCGGCGACACUACCCAAGGGCUUCAACGUGCUCAACUGUCACGCUCCUUCGGACGAAGUGUCUUCCUGUGACGAUCUGCUGCGCUCCAACGUGUACCGCGUCGCCCUCGCUACCUUCGCCUCGUUAUCGUUACUGGGAAAUGUCGGCACGUUGCUUUACCGCUUGAUCUUCCACAAAACAACAGGCAACGUGGGCUAUGACGUCUUCGUGUCCAACUUGUGCGUGGCGGACUUUCUGAUGGGUGUGUAUCUGUUGAUCAUCGGAAUAGCUGACCACAGGUACCGAGGGGCUUACGUGUGGGAGGACGUGAGCUGGAGGAACAGCCACUUGUGCAAGGUCACAGGUUUUGUGUGUUUGUUGUCCAUGGAGGUGUCUGUUCUGAUGAUCUUCUUGAUCACUGUUGACCGCUUUUUGGUUCUUCAUUUUCCUUUUAGUUCCUUCCAUUUUAGAAGACGUUCAGCACAGCUGACAUGCGGGGUAGUCUCCAUGUCUGUGUCCAACACAUCCAAAGCUGUUAACGACAUCACCAUAGCCCGCCGUCUAGUCACCGUAGUGAUGUCGGACUUUCUUUGCUGGUUUCCUGUGGGUUUGACGGGAAUUCUGGCGUCGUACGAUGUUGCCGUGGCAGGAGAGGUCAACGUGGCGAUGGCUAUUUUUAUUUUACCCGUCAACUCUGCUCUCAACCCUUUUCUUUAUACACUUAACAUUUAUUUGGAGCGUCGUCGCCGUGCACGAGAAGAAGAAAGACAAAAACGGAUUAUCAGUGAAAUUAAGGUCUCAAAAAUUGUACAAAAGUUGGAUUUCUGA